CCCUGUCAAAGGCGGAAGACUUGCGAGACCCAGGAGAACAAGGCAGUCCCGUUGAGUUCCGGCUCUCACAGGUUUCACUGUAUUUGCAGUUGGAAUCCCAGAAGAGAGAGAAGGGAGCAGAAGUAUUUGAAGUGAUAAUGACCAAAGAUUUUCUAAAUAAAAUAGAAAUCAAACCCCAGAUCAAAGACUUUGCUCAAAGAAGCACAGCAGGAUAAAAACAAACAAACCCCAAAACUUAAGUGUCUGUUCACACUGCUGAAAACCAUAAAGAGAAAAUCUUCACGGCCCUGUCUCUCCAUCUUGCAGAUGGCAUCUGAGGCAGAGCGCCGUCCCCAGGGCGUGUUUGAGUGCCAGCUCUGUGCUCUGUCAGCUCCAUACAGCUACGUGGGGCAGAAGCCCCCCAACACCCGCUCUGUCGUCCUCCUGGAGGAGAGCUACGUCCUGAAGGACCCCUUCACCGCAGACAGGGACAAGUUCCUGGUCCUUGGCUCACGAUGCAGCGUGUGCAGCAGGCUGGUGUGCGUGGGCCCGGAAUGCAGUUUAUUCUACACCAAGAGAUUUUGCCUCCCUUGUGUCUGGGAGAACAUCGAUGCUUUCCCACAGGAAAUCCGGCAAGAUGUGGACAAGAGGAAAGCUCUGGCCAGGACGCCCUGCGGCAAGCCCAGUUCUCGGACCUGAGGGCAGCCAGGGGCCAAGUGGGCAGCCCCUGCACGGAGCUUUGGGGGACAGCUGCGGCCCGGGCCAGGAUGCUACUGAGCUGGAGGCCGUGGUGCCUGGCUUCAUUCCUGGGUUGUGUCUACAGCCGGGGGAGCUGAGCAGGCCAGCCUGCAGCAGCAACGGGCAGACGCAGGACAAACACCUCGCCAGCCCGGCCCAGGCACUGCAGGGCUCCUCUAGUGCCGAGGACCCUGGAGCGCUGGGUGUGGCUGGCCCUCGGGCCCAGAGACCAUGGGACAGCAGCUGCCCAGAAAGGGAAGCCCAGGCCGGCCUGCUGGUCCUCCCUCUGCCUGGGGCUGGGGGUCGAGGCCUUGCUUCCAGGCCCUCCGGCUUAUCUGCUGACCCACACAUGGGCCUGGAGGUGCUUUGCUCGCUUCAUGUUCACCCCUCAAAUACGGGGUCCCCGCCUCUGCUGCCCUUGCUGUGCUGGCUGGAGGACGCAGCCGUGGGGAGACAGAGGCCCCUGCUCACGGUCUGGUGCGGGAGACCUCGAGUGGUCCUGGGCGGGAGGCGACCGAUAGUCGGAGCAAAGAUGCGGAUGGCUCACCAAGAGGGAGCCCGUGGGCGCUGGUGGGGAGAGAUGGCCGAGCCGGUGAUGCUCUCCCUUUAAGGACAUCUGACAGCGGCUACCUCCAGAGUGAGACUGGGAGGGUAGACGGGUGGAAUUUUUACUUCACGUUCUUGUGGACUGCCUGGAAAAUGCUAUUAAUCUUGAAUAUGUAUUGUAUUUAUGAUUAAAAUACCAAAGAAGCA